UUUGCGCGAAAUUCCAAAAACAAACAAACCAGAUUAAAAUCAAGAUUCUGAUUGAUUAAUUUUGAUUAGCAACAAGAACAUUUUAUCUAGCUUUACUGCUAUAUGGUGAAUCAUUGUUUAUGGGCGGUGAAACUUGACUAGUGUUAUAAGCCUGUCUUGAGCAGUAUAACAUAUCCAUAGCUCAUCUUAAUUGAGGAGUCUUGUUGGUGUUAGAGUGGUUUUUCAAAUUCUCUUAGAUCUAACUAAUGCAUGUAAUUAUAUUUUGUUUUGCAAAUUAGUUCAUUUUAAAGUCUAUCAAUUUCACCAUUCCCUGUCUUGAAAACCCGGAAAUGAAGAUAAUUUAUUUGUACCACCUGAAGGUGAACAAAAUAAUAAAUGACCAAUUACAUCCCAUCAGCGUAGACACCGGGACGUGAAUAGUUUUUGUCAGCUGUUUUAUCUUUCCGACACUCGGUUCUCUGGUCUACAUUGUCAGCUAUCGUGACGAAGUGGUUGGGUUGAGAACGUCGAAAAAUACGCAAGAAUCUGGCAGCAUUUGAAUACAUUUCCUAUAUUCGCAUCUUUAAAAAGUUAUAAAAAUACUUGUACAAAUAUAUAUAGAUAGAUUUUUUUACGUAAACUUUGCGAACAAUAUUCACCUUUUCUGCUUUCAAUUUCUUUAUAUUUAACUAUGAAUUGGGCAUGUGUGACUGUUCUGGUUUUAGUCAUUUCGGUAUCUGAAAAAAUAAAGUCACACCGUUUACCAUUCCCUUUUGAACCCAAACGGAGGGUGUUUCCAGGACAACGUGGAGAUGACUGUGUAUACUGUGCAGAGGAGCUGAAACAAUGUCUACAAGAAUGUUUAAGGGAAUAUCACUGUUCAACAACUAAAACUAAAGAGGGAUUUUGUCCAGUUAGCGACCCAAGACUAAAUACGUGCACACUCUCUCCAGUAUUAAAUGUCUGCGAAAAUGACGAAGACUGCCCGGGGACCAAAAAGUGUUGUGAUAAUGGAUGUUCCAAAGUUUGUGCUGUUGCUCUACCACGGCCGCCUUUAAAACAUAUACCAAACGAACGAAGACGACCCGUAGUUUUUGGAUAGAUGUUACUUGAGCAUGGUCAUUUUUAUUGGAAGCUACAAAUAAUGAACGUCUUUUGAAAUAGGAGAGUGUUUACAUCAUUUACUCGUGUCAGAGGCGUCAUUAGGCAAUGGCACAGGGGGGCCUGAAUCUUUUAAGCACCUAUAGCGACGCCUCUGACUCGUGUUUUAAUAUUUUACAAAACGUAUCGAAUACUCACCUAAUGUAAGAAAUUUUGCUUAAUUUCAUAUAAAAUACCUAAGAAAAUUAAAAGUUGUUUGUUUAUAUAUGUGUGUGUAUUUUUAAUAAUUUUUUUCAGUACUUUCUUUUAUGA